CCCAAAAUGGACGCCUCAAGCAACCGUCUCUUCCGCUUCUCCAAGCCAGAAUGGCUCAAUAACAACACCGUCCGCAACUCGGGUGUCUACACCUCCGGCGCCUUGUUCUCAAUCGGCUUCUUCUUUCUCAUCGACGCAGCCGCCUUUUCGCACAGCUCGCGCAACGGCUCCGACGUGCAUGUGAAAUUCGUCGACUGGAUCCCCGGGAUCUGCUCCGCGCUGGGAAUGCUGGUGAUCAAUUCUAUUGAGAAGUCGAGGCUGCAGGCGGAUAGCUGGAGUUAUAGUGGAGAUGGGGUUGCGUGGAAGGCGCGGUUUGUGUUGUUCUUGGGGUUUGCGUUGUUGGCUGGGGGGUUGGCGGGGAGUGUGACGGUUAUGGUUCUUAAGUAUUUGGUUCAGGGAUAUCCGAUGCCGACGUUGUAUUUCGGGGUUGCAAAUGUUGUUGCGAAUGGGAUGAUUAUGCUGAGUUCCGUUGUGCUAUGGAUUUCUCAGAACAUCGAGGACGACUACACGUACAACCUUACGCUGUAGGAUGAUGCCUACGUACGAUCUACAACUGCUUGUUUUUUUUUUUUUUUUUUUUUG